AUAUGUGGACCGGUAUUUCACUUCAGAAUUGCUUCUUGACUUCCUCCUGAAUAGAGAAUUGCAUUUAACUGGCACUCUUAUGAAAAAUAAAGUUCCGAAAUUGACACAACUAAAGUCAGAUUCAGAAAUGAGACGAGAAGGCCGAGGGUCAAUAGAUCAAGUUGUGAGAGUGGAUCAAAAAAUUUCCCUUGUGAAAUGGUUCGACAAUAAAAGUGUUUUGCUGAUGUCCAGUGAGCAUGGAAAAACUCCCAUCACAAAAUGCAAAAGAUGGUCGAAAACGGACAAGAAGUUGAUUGCCCUCAUAUUGUAAAAAAUUACAACGAUUACAUGGGGGGGGGCGUCGAUCAUCUGGACCGUACCAUUAGUUUCUACAGAAUGAAGCACCGAACCAAGAAAUGGACAGUACGAGUCAUUCUGCAUAUGAUCGACUUUACCAUGUCGAGUGCAUGGCUCGCGUACAGAAAUACUAUGACAGAAUUAGGGGAACCUAAGAAGAACAUUCUGGACUAUUUUGCGUUUAGACUCAGUAUUGCAAAUACACUCAUCCACGGCUUACUGAAGAAGCCAUCUCCCACUCCUUCGCUAGCCGAAGAUGAAAAUGAUGAACCCCCUCCAAAACGCAGAGUUACAACUUGCAUUCCACAUCAAGCAGCUCGUAACAAUGAAGCUAGGCACAUGCCUGAAAUGGUUGGGGAUAGAACUCAUCGAAGUAGGUGCAGGAAUGAGAACUGCUCGGCCUUAACAAAUGUACAAUGUACAGACUGCAAGGUUUUUCUAUGCUUUACAACUAGUAGAAAUUGUUUCAAGGCAUUUCACGAAUAUAAAUAAUAAUAAUAAUAUGUACCUACAACGCCAAUAAAACUUAAUUUUCGUGUUGAAUUUAUAGAAUUGUAUGUAUUGUGUGAUUAAAGACUAAGAUUAAAUUAAUUACUUCAAUCUUGCUUAAUACUUAAGAAAAUUCUGAUUGUAGUGCCUUGUUCCUAAUGUAUCACAUGUGAUACAUCCCCCCCUAGGUUUCAUAAACUAAAAAAAAAAUUUUUAUUGCACUUUUCUACAUCAAAGUGAUCGAAACAACUAUUUAAAUACCUCUUACAAAAUAUCAAGCUUUUAUUUUUG